GCUAGGUGGCGCUAUAUCAUGCUAGAGUUAAUCGAUUUCUCCCUCCUAAAAACAUUUUCCGGCUUGGGGACAGUGAAUUUACGUGUGUUGUUUGAUAAGACUCUGUGAGGUUUUUCAAGUAUUUCCCAGCUCCAGGAUGGCCGAUGGGACCGAGAAGACGGUUGCCGAUGAAAUUGUGGUGACAAAAUACAAGACAGCCGGCGAAAUUGUAAAUAGAACUCUGAAGACACUGCUGGAACAUUGCAUUGCUGGAGCCUCAGUCAAGGAGCUUUGCGACAAAGGUGACAAACUUGUAACGGAGGAGACUGGAAAGAUUUACAAGAAGGAAAAGGAACUGAAGAAAGGAAUAGCAUUCCCGACCUGUCUCUCGGUGAACAACUGCGUCUGCCACUUUUCGCCCAUUAAGAGUGAACCUGACUACAUUCUCAAGGAUGGAGAUAUUGUGAAAAUCGAUUUGGGUGCACAUAUCGAUGGAUUUAUUGCUGUGGUGGCAUUCACGACGAUUGUGGGUGCUACAGCUGAGAAUCCAGCGACUGGCCGUAAGGCCGAUGCUGUAUUGGCUGCCUAUUGGGCUAGUGAGGCAGCCCUGAGACUCUUAAAGGUUGGAAAUGGCAACUACAAAAUCACCGAAGGUGUCCAGAAGGUCUCCGAAGCAUUCAAGUGCAAGCCCAUCGAAGGGAUGUUGAGUCAUCAGCUGAAGCAGUUCAAAAUAGACGGUGAGAAGACCAUCAUCCAGAAUCCGAAUGAUGCCCAGAAAAAGGAGCAUGAGAAAUGUGAAUUUGAAGUGCACGAAGUGUACGCUAUGGAUGUCCUUAUUAGCACGGGCGAAGGUGUGGGUAAGGAACAGGACACUAAGGUGGCCAUUUUCAAGAAAACCGACGAGAAUUACCAGCUCAAGUUAAAGGCGUCCCGCGCAUUUCUCUCUGAGGUAAAAAGCAAAUUUGGAACGAUGCCAUUCAAUUUGAGACACUUUGAGGAGGAGACCAAGGCCAGAAUGGGUGUCGUUGAGUGUGUCUCACACAAAAUCAUCGAGCCAUUCCAGGUUCUCUAUGAAAGACCGAAUGAAUUUGUGGCCCAAUUUAAACAUACUGUUCUUCUACUGCCCAAUGGUGUGAGCCUGGUGACGGGCUUAGAUUUUCCGGAGGAUCACUACAAGAGUGAGCAUAGUGUGACGGAUCCGGAGAUGAAGGAGCUGUUGAGUCAUGCUGUGAGUAAAAGUGGUAAGAAGAAGAAAAAGAAGGCAGCUGCUGAGGUAAAGGCACAGGAAUCAGCACCAGCGGCACCAGCAGCAGCAGCAGCUGAGGAGACACAAAAGGUCAGCACAGAUUCCACGCCGAAUGCGUAACAGGAUUUAGCCCUUUAAAGUCGAUGAGCUCCCAAACUCAAUCUUCCUUCCUUCACGACAUUUUGAUUUUGUCUCUGGCAAUUGUUCAAUUUUUUUUUCUCCAGUUUUGUUAAAUGCCUCGAUUUUGCCCUCCCAUUAGACUUACAAUAAAUGGGGAUGUCUAUGAUUGUCCCCCAGUCCCAUUUUGACCUUCAGUGAGACUCACAGAGUGACUACAGGAUUUAACAGUGAAUUUCAAUAAAGUGAGAGACAAACCAGAAAA